CUGUCCGGGACGACUACGUCCACACAGGCUACUCUGAGUAGUCUGAAUAAGGUAUCAGCGCUACGAUUGUCGCCCCGUAUAAAGAAACUUUUGGCUACAUCCAAACCCAUAAACUCAAGGAACACUAACGCAAGAUUUAAUGCAAGAAGAAGAGAAAAAGCUCACAGAGUUUCAUUUACUGAUGAAUCAGUAGGGCAUUUAACCCAAGAUUUUGUCAAAACACGCCCAUUGACGGAUUUUAAAGGUUCAUUUGAAUGCUUACGUAAUAAACGUAGCAUAGAAACAUUACCUUCAACUAGUUUUGAAUCGCCUGAUGAUGAGAUCCGUUAUUUAGGCAGUAUUGGAUACAAUGAAAGGGUAGUGGAAACGCCUAUUUCUUUGUAUGAAAACUACGAUUACGACACUCGUAGACCUAGUUCAGAUAGGCACUAUCAUUCAUAUUAUGGAAGGAAUGAAGUAAGAAAACUCAGAAGCCGAGAAGUUGGGGUGCAGGUCGAUAUCUUAAGAGACUUUGGACUACAUCAACUAAGAAACUUCUACGCAGGUGAGAAAAUGACUGGCGUUACGGACCAGGAAAGAAGAACCAUUCUCGAGUUUUGCCAUCUUUUGGAGAAAUCAAAACAAUUUUUUAAUGGAUUAAGUCUCAGGACAAGUGAAACAGCUUAUUUGGUGGAAGCAUAUUCCUUUUAUUCUGCCAUAAGAGGAAGACGCUACUACACUCUAGCAAUCAAAGAAAAUAAAUGUGAAUUAAUGGUGAAGAAACUUCGAUUCUAUGCCAGAUUCAUCGUCGUCGCUAUUCUUCUUCAACUGCCGAACGUCAUAGAAGAAUUGUUAAUAGAACUGGAAAAGCAGGUCAUAGCGUAUGGCAAAACUUAUGAUCCAAAUGAUCAACUCGAGUGGAGCAAAGUUUUAGAAGAGGUGAGGGCUUUCCUGGUGGCCGAACCUGGUGUGACGAUCUUGGAUCCCGACGACAAGGAUAAAAUAGUAACAGUCAAUGGUCGUAUUAAUCCGUUGAGCAUACCGCCGAUAGAGAGAACAGCACAAAUGAACCUGAUACUCAGAGACGCUAUUAUUAUCGGUAGCGGAACUCAACUGGUCAAGUUCUCAGAGCUGACUAUAGACAUGUUCAGGAUGGUUCAAGUUCUCGAGUUCGAAAUAACCGUCCCCAUAAGAGAUCCGUCGAACAAUUCACCAAAUCCAGAUGGGAAACAUGCCCCACCACCGCCGCCACCCCCACCACCACCUCCAAUCAGCAUAUUUGACGGUAGCCACGAUCAAGAGGGUACUGCGAACCCUCAUAAAUUUCUGCUAUUCAAGCCGUCUCCCAGCCAGGCUUUAAUAUACUUAGCAAGCAGCUGCAAUGAUCUGCCACCGAAUGGAGCCUUGCUUCUGUAUGUGUCAGCUCACGGCCAUGCUCAACAAUCAAAGCAUGCAGAAAAUUAUGCAUACGAUCUCGGUGGAUUGAUAACAACGUCCAAAUCAGACGUUUACAAUGAAGACAGGGAUGUGAUGUUAAAGCAUAGGGAUCCACAAAUCUUGUAUCCCGGUGACUUGCAACCAUAUACAAGGAAACCGCUCUUUGUUAUCGUUGACUCUGAUAAUUCAUUUGCUUUCCAACAUAUUCCAAGGGCAUUCGGUCAACCGAUGGUUGUACUUAUGUCACCCAUAAGUCUGCCCAGCAGUCUCUCUGAUCGUAGUGAGCAAGGAAAUUUGUUCACACUCUUUCUACACAACCCAAUUGCUGGUUUGUGCAACGCUUGCGACGUAUUUACCAUAACUGUCGAUAUAUGGGAUCAUUGCGUCCGUCUGAGGGACAUAUUCAUGAGGGAUGUUACACGAUUGAUUACUAGGAUUCGUCUAGAUCCGAUGCACUAUGCAUUCAUCGGCGAUGAAUUUUUGCGGCUCAUAUUUCUGCGGUACAUAUUCUGCGAGUGCACACUGCGAAUGCACCGCGCUUUCCGCUCGCGCAAUAACCUGCCACGAGCCCUACCACCUGUACCCGACGACCUAUUUGAACAUAAAGAUUUGAUAUCCAUUAUCCUUGAAAUGGCAGACUGUAUUGGAGUCAGAAGCCACUUUUACGAUUCAACAAAAUCUGAUUACGAUUAA